AUGGGAUUAAAAGCUAAGAGGCGAAUUCUCAUAUCUGGCACACCAAUACAGAACGAUUUGACUGAAUAUUUCAGUUUAGUACAUUUUGUUAAUGAAGGAAUACUUGGCACGGCCCAAGAAUUUAAAAAGAGAUAUGAAAAUCCAAUUCUUAAAGGACAAGAUGCGUUAGCAAGUACGCAGGAGAGGGAGAGAGCACAAGAGUGCUUACAGACUCUUACGUCUAUUGUAAAUAAAUGUAUGAUUCGUCGAACAAGCAGCCUACUUACAAAAUACUUGCCGGUCAAGUUUGAACAAGUAAUCUGUGUUAAAAUGACACCACUACAAACACAAAUUUAUAAGAACUUCAUUAAUUCAGAUACAAUUAGGAACAAAUUCGCAGGCACAGGGGAUAAAAACACUCUCAGUGCAUUGUCCAGUAUUACUAUGUUGAAAAAAUUAUGUAAUCAUCCAGAUUUAGUGUACGACAAAAUUAUGGAACGGUCAGAAGGCUUUGAGAAAGCCAGAGAUCUUUUACCAAGUAAUUACGACAUAAAAGACGUGAGACCCGAAUACUCAGGAAAAUUAAUGAUUCUUGACUGUAUUUUAGCCAAUUUGAAAAUGAAUACAGACGAUAAAAUCGUUCUUGUAUCGAAUUAUACUCAAACUCUCGAUUUAUUUGAGAAAUUAUGUCGUAAACGACAAUAUUUGUAUGUGAGGCUAGAUGGUUCUAUGACAAUAAAGAAAAGAGCUAAAGUAGUCGAAAGUUUUAACGAUAAGAAUUCCAAAGAAUGGAUAUUUAUGUUAAGUUCUAAAGCUGGAGGUUGUGGUCUCAAUCUUAUUGGUGCUAAUCGACUAAUCAUGUUUGAUCCUGAUUGGAAUCCUGCAAAUGACGACCAAGCCAUGGCCAGGGUUUGGCGUGAUGGGCAAAAGAAAGUCUGCUAUAUCUACCGCCUUCUUGCCACGGGGACGAUCGAGGAGAAAAUCUUCCAGCGCCAAGCCCACAAAAAAGCGUUAAGCGACACAGUUGUAGACCAGAAUGAGGACUCUUUGCGACACUUUACAUCCGACGAUUUAAAAGACUUGUUCCGCCUCGAAGAAAACACGCUAUCGGAUACACACAACAAAUUCAGAUGCAAGCGUUGUGUGAAUAACAUACAAGUAACAUUGCCCCCAGAAAAUUCUGACUGUACGUCUGAUUUAUCGAAUUGGUACCAUUGCGCGGAUAAAAAGAACCUCGCGGAUUUAGUAUUAAAACAGUGUUGGGAUCUUGCAAAGAGCAUUUCGUUCGUCUUCCACCACCGAUCAGCUCAAACAGAAGCACAGAAAAACAUGGAAGAAGACAAAGAAAAUGUUCAAGCCAAGAAGAAAAGAAAAAUUGAAAUCGAUGAAGAUUAUUCCGAGCCUGAUGACAGUGCUGAUGAAGAUUAUGAAUAG